AUGGAGUAGUACUGUACUCCCCGCUUCACUCUCGCCCCUUUCGCUUCGAAUUCGAAUCCGAUGGAUUCCGUUCGCCGCCGCCGUCGAUCUGCCGGCACCUGCGCCGUCCUCUUCCUGCUGUUUGUGCUGCUGCGGCAGUGUCUGGCGGGGGAUCCCUAUGCCUACUACGAGUGGGAGGUGUCGUACGUGGCGGCUGCGCCGCUGGGCGUGAAGCAGGAGGCGAUUGGCAUCAACGGGCAGCUGCCGGGGCCGGCGCUGAACGUGACGACCAACUGGAACCUGGUGGUGAACGUGCGCAACGGCCUGGACGAGCCGCUGCUGCUGACGUGGCACGGCGUGCAGCAGCGCAAGAGCCCCUGGCAGGACGGCGUCGCCGGCACCAACUGCGCCAUCCCCCCGGGCUGGAACUGGACCUACCAGUUCCAGGUCAAGGACCAGGUAGGCAGCUUCUUCUACGCCCCCUCCACCGCCCUCCACCGCGCCGGCGGCGGCUACGGCGCCAUUACCAUCAACAAUCGCGACGUCAUCCCCCUGCCCUUCCCCCUCCCCGACGGCGACAUCACCCUCUUCCUCGCCGACUGGUACGCCAGGGACCACAGGGCCCUACGCCGCGCCCUCGAUGCCGGCGAGCCCCUCGGGCCCCCCGACGGGGUGCUCAUCAACGGCCUCGGCCCCUACCGCUACAACGACACCCUCGUCCCGCCGGGCGUCACCUACGAGCGCAUCAAUGUCGACCCCGGGAGGACCUACCGCCUGCGCGUGCACAACGUCGGCGUCGCCGCCAGCUUCAACUUCAGAAUCCAGGGCCACAACCUGCUGCUUGUUGAGGCCGAGGGCUCCUACACUUCGCAGCAGAACUACACCAACAUGGAUAUCCAUGUCGGCCAGUCCUACUCCUUCCUCGUCACCAUGGACCAGAACGCCACCACCGACUACUACGUCGUCGCCAGCGCCCGCUUCGUCGACGCCGCCGCUGCCGAUAAGCUCACCGGCGUUGCCAUCCUCCACUACUCCAACUCGCAGGGCCCGGCCUCUGGGCCUCUACCAGAUGCCCCAGAUGAUCAGUACGACACCGCUUUCUCCAUCAACCAAGCAAGAUCAAUCAGAUGGAAUGUUACAGCCAGCGGCGCCCGCCCCAAUCCACAGGGCUCAUUCCAUUACGGUGACAUUACCGUCACUGAUGUGUACCUACUGCAGAGUAGGCCGCCGGAGCUCAUAGACGGCCAGAUGCGCGCUACUCUCAAUGGAAUUUCUUACAUUGCUCCAUCAACUCCUUUGAUGCUCGCACAACUCUUUAAUAUCCCAGGAGUCUACAAACUGGAUUUUCCUAAUCGUCCAAUUAACAGACCACCAAAACUUGACACCUCCAUUAUAAAUGGCACCUACAAAGGUUUUAUGGAGAUCAUAUUCCAAAACAACGCCACAGCCGUGCAGAGCUACCACUUGGAUGGAUAUGCCUUCUUUGUUGUUGGGAUGGACUACGGACUUUGGACAGAGAACAGCCGUGGUACAUACAACAAAUGGGAUGGUGUUGCACGCUCCACAAUCCAGGUAUUCCCUGGCGCUUGGACGUCUGUCCUUGUCUUUCUUGACAAUGCAGGCAUAUGGAAUCUGCGGGUGGAGAACCUGGACGCCUGGUACCUGGGGCAAGAAGUGUAUAUCAGUGUGGUUAACCCGGAAGAUAGCAGCAACAAGACCGUGCUUCCCCUUCCCGACAACGCAAUUUUCUGUGGUGCACUGUCAAGCUUACAAAAGGAGCAAUCUCAUAGAUUCCAAUACUCAGAAGCUUCUCAAAUAGCGCGGUUGUGGAAGAUGGUUUUCCUCAUUGCAUGGUUGGUUCUUUGGUAGCAGUGAACGAGCUCAGCUGUGUCUGCUGGGAUGGUCCGGAGACGAGAGAGCUCAGAGCUGGUCCCAAACAUGGAUGAGUUCUCAGCCCAGGUUGUAGCAGGGUGGUAUAUUUUGUCAGAUACGAAUCGGUUAGCUUGGAAUUGAGUGGUGUGAGCCUGUCUGCGAAGAGCAUGUCUGUGAAGGCAGCAUACACACGCUUGACUUGAUUUGGUUUGAAGUCUAGCUAGCACUAGGGGUAGGUUGCUUAUCCGCCGCUGUCUGAUAGCUGAAGGUCAACCUGCAACCAACAGCUUCCUCGCCUUUCCUUACAUGUUAAUCCAUUUGUUUUGUUGGUGUCCGUUUUCUUGGGUUGACAAUAGACAGAAAAUUAAGUUGUUUUAAAAGAACAGAAGCCAGAAAAUUAUGAAGCAACCUGAAAUUAUGAAGCAGCCAGAAAACAAAACGUAAAAAUUAUGAAGCAACCUG